AUGUCGACGGAGUAUAAACGUGAGCAGUACCGGAAAGCCCAAGAGGAAAAGCGGAAACGGGUUCAAAAUGUUGAAUUCGAUGUACCUGCUGAGAGCGAUGUCCAGCUCCCCCGGAAACGGUACUAUCGUCAGCGGGCCCAUUCAAACCCUUUCAGCGAUCAUAAUCUAGAAUACCCGCGAAAACCAAGCGAUAUGGAUUGGACUAAAUUGUACCCUGUGUUACGAGAGAGACCGGAACUGGGAAAGCCCACGGUUGCUGAUAUUGGCUGUGGUUUUGGCGGUCUUUUAGUGUCUCUUUCGCCUAUGCUGCCUGAUAAGCUGAUUCUGGGGAUGGAGAUCCGAGUGCAAGUAACCAACUAUGUGGAGGACCGUAUCAUUGCGCUUCGCCAACAGAAUAUUGACAGCAAGGGCUACGGUAACAUCUCGGUUUUGCGUGGAAAUGCGAUGAAAUUCCUUCCUAAUUUCUUUGAGAAAGGACAGCUUGAAAAAAUCUUCUUCUGCUUCCCUGAUCCGCACUUUAAGCAACGAAAACACAAAGCUCGUAUUGUCACAACCACACUCUCAAGUGAGUAUGCCUACGUGCUACAACCUGGUGGCAUCAUUUAUACGAUUACCGAUGUUAAAGAUCUGCAUGAUUGGAUGGUUGAGCAUUUGGAGGCACAUCCACUGUUUGAACGUUUGUCCAAAAAGUGGGAGGCUCAGGAUGAUUGUGUUAAGAUCAUGACUUCAGACACUGAGGAAGGUAAGAAAGUCGAACGUAACUCUGGUGAUAAGUUCGUUGCAUGUUUUAGGCGGCUUCCUAAUCCUUAA